AUGGUCAAUCAUAAAAUAUCUUCAUCACCCAAGAUAAGAAUUGGAAGAGUUAGCGUAAGUGAUGGAAAAUGUAAACCUUUGUCAAUGAGAUUAUGUUUAACGACAGAAUUAUUAAAGCUUCAAAACGAGCAAAAAGAACAAUUUGAAUGUUUUGUAAAAACUCCACCGAUCGACUCGAGAGAGAGAACGGUUAAAAUAAAACGACGAAAAGAUACGGGAUUGGGUAUAAGUAUAAAAGGAGGAUCAGAACAUAAAUUACCAAUAUUAAUAUCGAAAAUUUAUCCGAAACAAGCAGCAGACGAAACGGGAGAAUUGUUUGUCGGAGAUGCAAUUAUAAAAGUGAACAAUGAAUUUUUAACAAUAUGUCCUCACGAUGAAGCACUUGAAAUUUUACAAACUGCCGGCGACGUUGUGACACUUUACGUCAAGCAUUAUAAAGCUGCGACUCCAUUUUUACAACACGCGAGUUCGAAAGAAAAUUAUUUAAAUCAUGUUGUGGAAGAACAACGAAUUGAAGAAUAUGCAGAAAGUGCAGAAUCUAUUUUUAACAUGAGAUAUAUAGAUGUUGUCACCGUACCUCUAAUGAUGGCAUACGUAACAAGAUAUAUAUUUGGGACCGAUAAGUUAAGACCAAACGCGUUUGAAGUCAGAGGGCUAAGUGGUACAUCUACCGGAAUCAUACAUUGUUCCGAUUCUGCAAAUUUAUACAGAUGGUUAAAAUACAUAACGGAUAAUAUUGUAGGACUAACUCAUUUGCAGAUGAAAUUGUACAACCGUAACUUUCCGUGCACGGAACGCAUAGAAUAUAUGGGUUGGGUAAACGAAGCAAUAACAGACGGUUCUUUAACACGACAAACUUAUAAACCAAAAUUUCUGACGCUUAAAGGAAUGGACAUUUUAAUAUUUGAAUCACCUCCCCUGAAUGUGAUUGAUUGGCUUCAAUGUGGAAUUGCAUUUAAAGUGUAUCAAACUAUGUUUAGAGUUUUGAAAGAAUCAGAGCACAAAGAUGAAAGGCAGCAUUGUUUCAUUAUUCAAACUUGUGGUCAAGAAGUUAAAUAUUUAUCAGUUGAAACAAGACAAGAAUUACUUAGAAUAGAAACUGCUUGGCAUGCUGCAGUCUGCUCCACAAUAUCUAAAAUAAGACACAAAACAUUCACUGUAAAAUGGGCUGGUCGACAAUGUGGGUUAACAUUAGAUUGGAAUUAUGGUUUCGUUUUAAGAGACAUAGAAUUAAAAGCAUUAUUAUGGAGUUAUAAAUUUUCACAAUUGAAGGGAAGCUCUGACGAUGGGAAUUGUAGAUUAAAAUUACACUUUCAAGAUUCUGAUACAAAAAUUAUAGAUACAAAGGAAAUUGAAUGUGCCUCUCUUCAAAACAUACUUUUUUGUAUGCAUGCAUUUUUAACUGCAAAAGUAGUCUCGGUUGAUCCAACUUUUCUUAGCUGCACAUAUAAAAUAUAA